GGUUAUGCAAAAACUACCUACUAUUACUGCUAGAAGCUUGACAUUUCACUCACAUAUAGUAAUCGGAACCGCGUUUGGACAGUGAAUUGAUUAAGGUGGUUAGAUUGAGACUGUUUAUUUCUAUGAACCACGCAGCGGUCUGGAGCAUCUCUCUUGAGUUCACUUCAGGUGAGUGACUGACAGGCGGGGGCCACGGCGGCAGCUUUAGGUUUGUUUUAAAACCUGCCAAGGAGGACCGUCCUCUUCAUUCAUACAUGGCCCAAGGGAAGGAGACCGAGUCCGAGGCGAGACUCUACAGAUACACAAGAACCGUGGCCGCGGCGCUGACCCACGUCCUCUGUGUCGCCUUCACAGUUUUGCUUGUGUUCCUGUCACGACCAGGUUCGAGUUUGUUUUCAUGGCAUCCUUUUCUGAUGACAGUUGCUUUUUCUUUCUUCAUGACAGAGGCCAUUCUCCUCUUCUCCCCCCAUGGCUCCCCUAUAAGGAAGUUUGCACAUAAAACCAAAGGUCGUAUUCACUGGACCCUCCAGGUUCUAUGUGUGAACUGUGCUGUUGUGGGCCUAGCAGUCAUUGCCUAUAAUAAACAUUUGAACAAUAAACCACACUUUACCUCCUGGCACGGCUUACUAGGCCUGACCACUGUGUGUGUGGCUGGCCUGCAGUCCCUGGCAGCUUUGCCUCUCAAGUACCACACUCUGGCUAAAGGCUGGUCUCUGGCCAAACUGAAGCGGUACCACGCAGCGUCAGGACUUGUGACCUACCUGUUCGGCUGUGGGAGUCUGCUGCUUGGCCUCUGCUCCACCUGGUUCACUGUGUCUGUCAGCAGUUACACCUGGUAUCUGUCGGCCCUCUGCCCUGUGCUCUCUGCACUCGUCAUCAUGGACCAAGUCUCCCGGGCAUACACUACAAAAAAGAGACUGCAGUCCUGACAAAUCCAACAAAACUGGCCAUUUUU